AUGCCGCCACGGCAGGCAGUACCGAGCCGUGCCCGGCCGUCUCUGGCCCAGGCCGAGCAAUUCGUUGCGGCUGCCAGGAGCGGCGCGGCGCAGGAAGUACUUUUGUUGCUGGACAGCGUGGAUCCAGAUGCGACGUCUCAGGACGGAUGGACGCCCCUGCUUGCUGCAGCGGCAGAAGGACAUGUAGAGGUCGUCCAACUUCUGCUGAACGCCGGAGCGGACUCGUCGCGGCUGAAGGACGGCAGAUCUGCUAUGCAGCUGGCUUUCCAAGCAGGACACAAGUUGGCCUUCCGCCUUCUCUUCAAGUCUACAUUCCAAACCCUGGAUGGCACUCUACGACCGGGCUACCGCAAGCCUCUCUCAGUCAACUCACAGGCAGAGAUUCCAGACGACCCUGACGCCGCCGUGGAGGGCCUCCGGCAGGUCACCAGACGCCUCGCCCAAGCCGGCCACAUUGAGGCGCGGUCCAUUCCUCGCGUUUGCCAAGCGCCGGCUAUGCCAAGCAGCCUGGAGGAAAAGGCACGCGACGAUGCCGUUCGUGGCGCCAUGAAGCGUAUAGCAUCAAUCUCGGCUCCCACCCGCCGCCGAUGUCGGUAG